AGUACGCAGUUUACCUCGUUUCGCUUGUUUCGUCUGGACGACUUCGCCCCUUCCGGCAACUGCGAACAAAAUCAAGCAGUCUAAAAGGAAAGAAGGAAUACAUAUCACCAUGGGCGUCUCUUAUCGAUUUGGCGCGCGUGCCGCCGUCGCGCUCAUGCUUCUGAUGUGCUUCAUCGUCCUACCCGCCGCCGUGAUGGCACAGCAAGGUACGUCGACCGUGGCGGGCUGGGUCGACGUGCAGCCCGACGUGGCCCCGUACGUGGUGCUGCGAGUGGUGGACGACAGCACCGGCGUGGUGGUACGCAGUGCCCCCCUUGACGCCACGCACACUUUUAGCUUUGCCGGUAUCGUGCCGUCGUCCGUCUCCGUAGAGGCCGUCGCGCAGCUGCCGGACCACCUCUUCGUGUUGGACGCGGCGUCCUCUGUGUUGAAGACGCCCGUCACGGCGGCCAGCGCGACCGCAACGGUGCAGUUGAAGGUGGCGGCUACCUCGAAGACGGGCGUAGCUGCGGCUACUGCUGCGGCAGGGGGCGGAGGUAGCGUUGCGUCGGCCGCAUUGGCGUUGGUGGCGUUGGUGGCUGCGUGGUGUGGGCGCCAUAGGAUUGUGUCCGCGCUGGACAUGCCGGCUUUUAAGCCGCUGAAGCCGCGCAAGGUGAUGGUGACAAUGUAA